UCUCUUUUCCCUCUCGUGUUUCCUUUCCGUGACGUUUAUCGGAGGACACUUUCCUUAAAUUCAGAUUCCAUGUUCCUUUCGUUUCGAAAAACCAUCAAUACCAUUCUGUUCUUGGAGAAACAUGUCAAAUGGCUAUUUCCGGUCAAUUCAUCCCACGCUUGUUUUUGUUUUUGUUAGUGUGUUUUGGUUAGUACGGCGGUGUGUCGUCUGCUUCUCAGCAGCUUCAAUGUCGUGAAGGAAAGGAAGUGUAAAACUUCGCCUCGAAAAAGCGCUGGCCACCAAAAUGUCUCACAAACUCAGAAAAAUGACAAAAAUGUCCACAUUUUCUCCGUAACAAGAGAUUCGGGGUUGAAAACUGCUGUAUGAAUAACUUUGCAGAGGUUCUGGCAAUAUAACCAUGGCGAUGUUCCAUACAAGAUGUGGGCAAAGAAUAACAUUAUUUGAUGAUAAUCGUACAGCUGUCCGCAAUUUCAGCGAAUUCAACUAUGGUUUGGUGUUGAGUAGUCUUCCUUUGGCAGAUAACCAGUUGUUUGAAGUUCGGAUCGAGAAAAAGAUUAUCCCAUGGAGUGGCAGCAUCGAAAUGGGUGUUACAGUCUGUGAUCCUGAGACUAUGGAACUUCCUGCAUGUGCGACUGAUUUGGGAAAUGGAACAUGGAUGAUGUCUGGCAAUUCAGUCUUGAAGGAUGGUCUUUCUCUAAUUGAAGUUUAUGGCCGGAACUUGGAUAGUCUAAUUGAAGGGGAUUGCCUAGGAGUAAUGCGAACUUCUAAUAAUGAACUGAUAUUUUAUGUGAAUGGAGAACCUCAAGGUAUUGCUGCCACUAACAUUCCCUCUCGUGUAUUUGCUGUGGUCGAUCUGUAUGGGAAAUGUGCCCAGGUGUCCAUUGUAGAUAGUUCAAGAGAACGUGACUUUGAUAUUGAUGGUGGCAGUGACCUAUCCUUUGUUGCAUCAGUUACCAACCUGGUGGCAAAUAUCAGUUCUGAUAGAAGUAUAGGUAGUGGAGAAGAAAUUGAUGGAGAUUCCGAAAGUAAUACAAGCCGUAACAGUGUUGGACUAAAUAUAGAAAGAUCUCAAAUAUCUAGAUGUUCAUCUUACCAACCUCAACUGUCAUUAGAUCGCCUACGUUUUCAUACACGUUGUGGGUCUCUUGUGAAAUUAAGCUGUAAUGGUAGGACAGCUGAGAGAACAAGGCCUCUUGAUGAAUUCAAUGAUGGUGUGGUAAUGACAAAUCGCACCCUCCGUCCAGAUGAACUAUUUGAGAUAAGAAUUGAUCGCUUAGUGGAGAAGUGGUCAGGCAGUAUUGAAGUAGGUGUGACUACUCAUAAUCCAGCCACUUUACAAUUUCCUGCAACAAUGACCAAUAUGCGAAGUGGCACUACAAUGAUGUCUGGUAAUGGUAUUUUGACUAAUGGAAAAGGCACUCGUAGAGAAUAUGGCGAGUUUAAUUUAGAUGAACUUAGGGAAGGAGACAGAAUUGGCAUGGUACGCAAAGUAAAUGGAGAUCUACAUUUUUACAUCAAUGGUUUAGACCAAGGUGUGGCAGCAAGCAAUGUUACAGCUUGUGUGUGGGGAGUAGUUGACCUCUAUGGUAUGACUGUAAAGGUUACCAUUGUUAAUCGAGAUGAAAGGGAAGAGCAAAACCUCAUAACUAGAAGAAAUACCUCCUUGAGAGAACAACAGGCUCUGUAUGCCCUUAAUGAUGUGCCAGAGGAAGACUUUUCCGAUCGUCUUCAGUUUCACCCUCGUUGUGGUACCCACUCUGCUGUCAUAAGGAGUAAUCGAACAGCUCACAGGCCAAAUGCUCUAGAAGAUUUCAACAAUGGUGUGGUGCUAACAAACAGACCGCUCAAACCAAAUGAGCUUUUUGAGGUGCGGCUUGACAAAAUGGUUUCUAAAUGGGCUGGAUCCAUAGAGAUAGGUGUAACUACCUAUAGCCCAACCGAACUGGAAUACCCAGCUACCAUGACAAACAUCAGAUCGGGCACUUGGAUGAUGACAGGAAAGGGGGUAAUGCAAAAUGGAAUUACUGUUAUUGAUGAAUAUGGAAUGAACCUAGAUACACUCCAGGUGGGAGAUAGAGUUGGAGUAAUGCGGAAUGAAGCUGGCACAUUGCAUUUUUAUGUUAACAGUGUAGACCAGGGUGAAGCGUCUACUAACGUACCUGAAAGGGUUUAUGGUGUUAUUGAUCUGUACGGUCAAGCUUCUCAAGCUACAAUAGUUGAUAGUGAUUGUUCACCUGAUACUGCUCACUCUAGUGUUUCCAACACCACUUGGCCAUACAGUGAUCUCAGAUUUUAUCAUAUUCGUGGGAAAAAUGCUAGAAUAUCAAACAAUGGGCUUACAGCCUCCAGACCAAGAGCUUACAGUGAAUUCAAUGAGGCUAUAGUAAUUUGUAACCGACCACUUCGAGAUGAAGAAUUAUUUGAAGUUGUUAUUGAAAAGAUGGUUGAUAGAUGGUCAAGUUCCAUAGAAGCAGGUGUUACUGCAAUUCGUCCAGAUGAACUUGAAUUCCCAAGCAAUAUGAUAGAAAUAGAUCAUGACACAUGGAUGUUAACAGGUUCAGGUUUAGUGCGUGACGGUGUCAGAUUACGGAAAAUAUAUUCAUGUGAUCUGGACAUGUUGUCUGUCAGAACACGCCUUGGUAUGAUGCGGCAUGUUGAUGGUAGCUUACAUUAUUAUGUAGAUGGUGUUGACCAAGGAACAGCCUUUGAGGGACUUCCUCAACAUGUGUACCCUGUCAUUGAUCUCUAUGGACAAUGUGCUCAGGUUUCAAUUGUCUCACAUGGGGAGCCUACACCAGGCUCACUAGCCUUGCAGUGCCUGAGUGAGAAUAGCUGUUCUCAGCAAGGGCAGCUAACUCAACUUAGCCAGCAUCUGCAUCAACCGCUUGAUCAACCAAACACCGACAAACAGCCAACUUCAACACAUGUACUUCAUAGAUUCAGUCUGACUUGUGGAAAAAAUGUGAUACUCUCUAGUGAUAACACAGCAGCAGCCCGCAGAGGUCGAACAUAUAAUCAUGGCCUGGUGUUUGGUUCAUCACCUCUUCAUAUUGAUGAGGUGUUUGAAGUACAGGUAGCUGCACUAGCCCUUCACUGGGCUGGGUCACUUUCUUUGGGUCUUACCACAAUGCCUAUUGAAAGUACACGUUCAAGGAACCUACCUGACUGCAUGGCUGCAAUUGAUUCUGACACUUGGUUCCUCACAGGAAAUGAAAUUCGCAAAAAUAAUUCAAUAUUAAAAGUUAACUACUGCCAUAGCUUAGAUUGGCUUGCUGUUGGAAAUAGGAUUGGAGUCAAAAGAACUCCUGACAAUGCAAUUCACUUUUUAUUGAAUGGGAAAGACAUGGGUGUAGCUGCCAUUUACGCUCCUAGACAGUUUGAGAAUAUGUACCCUGUGCUUGACUUGUAUGGGGCGGUGGCAGCUGUUGGAGUAACAAGCUGCUCUCUACCCUCUGCACCCUUAGCCAUGGUUACAGACAUGACAGCAACGUCGGCUCCUAUUCGUUUAGCUAGUGGGGAGUCACCGCUUGGCUCACCUACUGAUGACCAAGUCGGGGAUGAUUACUCUCAGCACUCAAGCAGGCUACAUGAUUCGCUGGAAAAUAUAUUUUUGGAGCAAAGACGAAGCAGUGAAGUUAGUGAGGCCAAAGUGCUGGAACCAGCCGAAGGAAGUCUUGCCAGCAUUUCUAGUCUACAGUGGGUUCCUCCUGCAGAUAUGCUGGAUGAGGCUAUUGCAAUGGAGCUCCAUGAUAUUCAUGGCAUUAAUCUAGUUUUGGGAGAAGGACGACGCUCUGCUAGACGUAUUCUGAGUUAUAACAACGCUGUGGUGCUAACAGCAAGACCUGUUAUUCCUAAUAAAAUGCUGCAGGUGCGCUUGGAUCGUCUGAAUUCACAAUGGGUGUCAUCACUUAUGUUAGGUGUCACAUGCCAGUUUCCAGACCAGGCAUAUGCACUUCCAUCAACAGCUCUAGGUUUCAAACAAGACUCUUGGGUUUUAUCAGGGGAUUCUGUGUACCAUAAUGGAACCAAGGCUAAGGGUCGAUGGUUGUUUAAUCUUGACACCCUGUCUGAAGGCUCAAUAAUUGGAUUGAGAAUAGAUGUUUUUGGAUUACUCUUUGUUUCACUGAAUGGUCAAGACACUGCCACAGUAGCAACUGAUUUACGCCCAUCUGCUGACCCAUGUUAUUUUAUCAUUGAUGUUUACGGGCAAUGUGAGGAAGUGUCGGUAUUAGGAGCUGUUUCAAAUUUAGAGCGCAAUAUUGCUGCUAACAACUCAACAAAUGCUGCCAUUCUUGCUUCAUCAAUGGAUUGCUUGAGUAUUUUGCAGCCAGACUCACUAGGCGAAAAGGCUGACUUAGAAACCCAUGAAAAAGAUACUUCUGUGUUAUCUACUGACGCUCUUCAAUCUCAUGAUGAAAACUUAUGUCUAGCCACACCAAAUCAAAAUGACAUUGCCAACUUGACUUUAGUUCAUCAGUCUACUCAUCUAUCGGGAUCUGCUUUAACAAAUCGAAAUUCUUUUUUUCUGUCAGAUAGCCAGUGUCCACAAAGCUCAAAUAGUUCUAACACUUAUUUAUGUGGGAGCUCAGUUGCAUCUCUGAGUUAUAGCUGUAGUCCAACAUUGUCUGGUUUAAGCUCAAACACCAAUUAUAAUGGAUCAUCAUCAAAUUUCCUUUAUUCCUUGUCAAAUGUUUGUGAUGGCAAUAGCACAGGAUCUUUACUCAACAACUGGAUUAGUGGCAGUGCCUCUUUGGGGGCUACCUCCUUACCAAACUCACCAGCCACUCCAGUUAUAACCCCUUGUCACACAUUUAAAAGCUACACAAAUUGUGGGUAUCUGCAAGCAUGUGGACGCUUUACAAAAUUCAUAGGACUCCCAGAUGGAUUUUUUGUCAGAGAGGGAAAGAUGUGCUACUGUGUUGAUUGCAUGCCUCAAAAGGUGGGAGAAGAGGCAUUCUUGCGGAAAGGUGCUGCCCCAGCAAAACAUCCUGUCCCCAUCCCCAUUGGUUGGUGCCGCUUUCCUCUGCGUCGCCGAUGUGUAGGCGAUAUCUAUGAUGACUGGCAUGUUGCUUAUCAUGCAACACGCGUACCAAACUUAAGACGGAUUCUGGAUCGAGGUGAACUCCUCAUGCAAGAUAACCUUGGAUUAGCUGGACCAGGAGGUGAGAAUACCAAAAGCAAAGAUGAUGAUACGGACUCUGCUGGAUCCCCUCUCAUACUCUCACCGUCUAUUAAGUAUGCAGCAGCUUCCACUAACAAACAUGAGUUUGUUGACCCAAAGACUCGAAACAAGCUUCUUGUUCAUGUUGCAUUUCAAGUUUUAGUCCGACCUGGCUCAUAUAAAGUAGGGCCCCCUUCUCUAGAGAGUGUUUCACACACAGUUGACCCACAUCUGGAUUCAGACCCCUCUGAAUGGGUGACUAAAGAAAGAGGAGCAACCUUGCUUCAAGCAUUGCUUUUGCGACUGGAAGGAUUAGACUAGUUAUUUAUGCAAUUAACUCUAUAGAAGUUAUCUGGUGGUUCAAAGGAACAUUUGUCUUAUUUGUUCAGUGGUGUGCCCAUAAAUUUUAGAGGAUGAAUGUGUGUGUGUCAAGCGAUUUCUUUUGCUUACAUUUAGGAGUAAUGCAUCACAAGGUGCCUUCCUUCCUGGGGGCAUGUCAUACCACUGAACUUUCUUUCUAAAACAAAAUGUUAUUUGUUAAAAAACUUUCAAUCUUUUUAAGCAUUUUUGUGUUUGUGCCAGACUGUUCACAUCACAUAAAUAAUCUUGUGAUAUGGGACUGUAAAGAAAAGGCCUUUUUCUGUAAAAAUGUGCUUGAUUAGUGCAUUUUCUUGGUCCAUUAGUCCUGCUAUUCUAGCCACACAACACCUCUCAUGUUUGAGAUGGCUUAUUAAUAUUGUAUGUGUUAAUCUUAUUUAUCUAUUUUUAAAUAAUUAUGGUGCUGAUUUAUUUGUGUCUUGUCAAAGGAAUUAUAUGAUGACGCAUUGGUCAUUGUUGCUCAAUGAAAUGUAGUUAUGGCUUUCUCAAACUCUGUUGCACUUACACACUUGCUCUGGCUUAUCUUGUGAUUCCUCGCUUCAUGUGCUUUCAUAACAUUAUUUUUGUCAUUUUAGUGUAAGUUAUACAUAAUAUUUCAUGACUGAUUCAAUGAAGAUGAUUAUUUUGGUAUUAUCAGUGGAAUCUGAUAGUAGAUGUUGCUUUCAUGGUUUAAUCGACAUCUGCAAAAGUGGUUUUUAAUUCCUUUUUUUUCCUGAAGGACUACAUGUAAAUUUCAUUUUACUGGAAUGUGAAACUAUGACAAUUGUUUCUGACUGUUUUUAAUUGCAACUUUUCCCACUUAAAAGAAAACUUCUGCCACCAGCAACCUUGACAUUGUUCCACUAUGAUCAGUUUGCAUUGUGGUACCAAUAUUUAUUUUCAUUCAGUAUUAAGGAAACUCAAAAGUUACCAUACUUAUUAAUGCGAUCACACACAGUGACAACUUUUUUCAAAUACUUUUGCUCUCCGAUGCAAAAAUGCUGUAGUCAACUAAUUUUAGUUAUCAAGGUUGGUUCUAGCUAGAUUUUGCAAAAAAAGUUCACAUCAAACCAAUUUUACUUGAACUUUAUUUCUAAGGAAUUGCAGCUGUGUGUGGCCUUGUUAUUUUCAUAGCAGAUUCUUUCAUGACAAGUGGUGUAGAAUGUCUUUCCCUCUAAAGGGCAGUCAUUUUCUUUCAUUUGGUACUUGUUUUUGAUGUUUUCUACUUGUUCUUGUGUUUCUUUGGGCCUUAAAAUGGCAUUUCAGAGCCAUCUUUCUUUUUUCAAAAUUUUUUGAAAACUUUUAAGAAUUAGGACAUUUGUUUACUUGUAUGUUAUUUUUUUCUGGUGAUUUUUAGUUGCUUUGAAUUGUGACAUAACUUUGAAAUGUGAACACUUAUGAUCUCCAUUAUGCUUAAUAUUGAUGUUGGCUUAGCUUUGAAAUCACUUCAGAAACAUCCUGCACAAUCUGUUUUGAAAUUACAGUGUUAAGAGAAAAAAUAACCAUGAGCCAAAUUUGAUUUUCCUCAUCACUCUGUAAGACAUAAAGUUGACAAUUUUGCAAAGAAUGCGGAAAAUAAAAAAUAAAAUGUUUCAUGUUC